UAUAAUUCUCUUAAUCCUCUCUUUUGGUACAACCUGAUUCGUAGAAUUUAAGGCACUUUAGUGGAUUAAAAUUAUACUAAUCUGAAGAUUAACAAAAAGCGAAGAUCAAGCAUUAUCUCAAUAUCCACAAUUCUAAAGUUUUCAGCUGAGGACUAUUAUCUAUUAGUUUCCAUAUCUUCAGGAUUAAAAUGUUGGGAUUAUGGCGUCCAUAAACCUCUGAUUUGAUUUGAUGGUCGAGGAUUGAUUUAAGGAAAUAACUUGUAGGCCAUGUUGAAACUAAACCUGGAAUGUGUGCUCCACCCUUCAUGGAGAAUAUCUCCACCAUGCAACCUGCUUCUCCAACCCUGUCUCCCAGUCAACCUCUUAUACCUGGAGCUAUUCAUCCUUCCAUCAGUCUUCAAUUAGAUACACAGACAACAUUCUCUAGAACUGUAUAUUCCAACCCUAACCUGGAGAAGAAGGAUCCAUUUAUCAGCCUCUUAUUCCCCAGGAGAGCCCUGAAGUCCGACCCCUCGACCUCCUCCAAUCUCCAGUACAAGCCCCUGCUCUCACCAGGCCGGGAGAGCAGGAAAUCUGAUGCGUCCUCCCAGCAUCUAGAUCCAGGUGCAAGCGGGAUAUCUGAACGAUCUCAUAGUUUCAACGAUAUCUGUGCCUACUCGGAUACUCAGUCCUAUGAGAUAAUAAACCUGGAUCCAGCUCUCCUACCCUUCACUCACUCAAGGAUACAUACAUCUGCUGGUCUCACUACCCUACCAGAUAUUGAGGCUCCAUCCUCCUCUUAUGCUCAGGGAGCACCAGAACCAUGGAAAUCUCCGGGUAUACAGAGCAAUAGGCAGGGAGGAUCCUACUAUAACUCUAGGCGGGUCUAUUAUUAUAAUAUCAACAAUCUUUUCUCUUCAGUAAAACUUAUUAUUUUCUAA